AUGAGCGGGUACUACCCACCGCCACCACCACCGCAGGGACAGCAGCCGCAGGGACAGCCGCAACAGCAUUACGAGCAGCAGCAACGGCACAAUUACAACAACGACGGGUUUACGAACGACGCGAAUACGAAUAUGCCUCCGAGUUUCCCCGCGGGAGGAGGAGGAUACGGUGGUGUUCAACAGCAGCAGCAGCAGCAACAACCGCAACAACCGCCACCACCGAUGAUGAUGAUGCAACAACAACAACAACAACAGCCGCAGAAUAUGCAGCGGUAUGGUCAACCAGGAGGAGGAGGAAUGAUGAUGCCUCCUCCGCCUUUAGCGACGACGACAGGGGGAGGAGGAGGAGAGGGACCCCGGUAUCAACAACCGCCAAACGCGCCUGGACUGCCGCCACCUCCUUCGUUUUCGGCUUCCUCCGUGCCGUCGCCGCCGACGGCGGCGAUGUCGAGGAUGUCGAUGGCGCCUCCGUCGACGUCGUCCGCGUAUCCUUCGCCGCCGCCGCCGAUGCGGCAGCAGCAACCGCAGCAACCGCAGCAACCGCAGCAGCAACCGCAACAACCGCAGCAACCGCAGCAGCAACAAUACCAGUAUCAGCAUCAACAACAACAUCAUCAUCCGGGACCUCCGCCGCCGACGGGGAGUAGCAGUAGCGCGUAUCCAACGAGCGCACCCCAAAUGGGAAUGUACGGUGGAGGGGCGCCGCCUCCAGGAGCAGGCAUGAUGCCGGGAAUGGGUGGCCAACAGGGAGGGUACCCUCCCGACGCGGACGCGCGGUCGAUUGACGUUCAAAAUCUCGAUCAGAAAGCGUUGCCAAGACCGGGCGAGGACGAGGCGAGACCAAACUCGAAUUUAUCGUGCGAUCCAAAGUAUUUGCGGUUAACAGUUGGGGCGUUACCACAAUCGGUUGGGUUGAAGCAAAGGUUUGCGUUACCGGUCGGAUGCAUCGUUCGACCGAUGUGUCCAGGGGAUUCGGUGCCUACGGCGCAGUUCGGAUCGUCCGGGAUUGUUCGAUGUCGCAGGUGUCGAACGUAUAUCAAUCCGUUCGUUCAAUUCAUCGAAGGUGGGAGGCGGUACAGGUGUAACGUGUGUUCGUUACCGAACGAUGUUCCCGUGGACUAUUUUUGCGCGUUGGAUGAAAAUGGAGUGAGAAGAGACGUGGCGGAACGACCAGAGUUGAGAUCCGGGACGGUUGAAUUUUUAGCCUCGGCGGAGUACAUGGUGCGACCGCCCAUGCCGCCGGCGUAUUUUUUCGCCUUUGAUGUCAGUCAAACGGCCGUUAGAUCUGGCUUUUUAAAAUCUGCCAUCGAUACCGUGCGCGAUUGUUUAGAUUCUAUGCAAUCGAAAUCUGAUCGCACGAGAAUUGGGUUCAUUACGUACGAUCGCUCCAUUCAUUUUUAUGGUUUGCGAUCCACCUCGAUGGCGCCGUCUAUGAUGGUGGUUGGAGAAUUGAACGACCCGUUCGCGCCGAUGCCGGACGAUUUACUCGUGAAUUUACAAGAAUGUCGCUCGGUUGUAGACGCGACGUUAGACGUCAUCGCGACUUCGUUCUUAGAGACGGAUAUUCAAGAGUCUGCGAUGGGACCGGCUUUACAGGCGGCGUAUUCAGCCGUCUCGCAGAUUGGCGGCAAGUUGAUGAUUUUCCAAUCGACGUUGCCAUCCAUCGGCGCCGGGAGACUUUUAUCCCGAGACGACGCGAGAGGCUACGAAGCGAAUUCAAAAGAGCACGAACUUAGAAAUCCAGCGGAUAAUUUUUACAAGUCCAUGGCGGCGGAGUGUUCUCGACAGCAAGUGUGCGUUGACGUAUUUUGCACAUCCGUGCCGUACGCGGACAUCGCAUCGAUGUGCGUGUUGCCAAAAUAUACCGGCGGAGAUGUUCGAUAUUACCCGCAAUUUUCCUUAGCAAAAGACGAGGUGAAGUUCAAAACGGAACUGACGAGAAAUUUGACUCGAGAUGUUGCGUGGGAAUCCGUCUGUCGCGUUCGGUGCUCGAAAGGAUUUCGCGUGUGCGCGUUCAACGGGCACUUUUUCAUUCGUUCGCUCGAUUUGCUCGCUUUACCAGCCACGAACGCGGAUCAAACGCACGCGGUGUAUCUCGCGCACGACGAAGUUGUACCGAACAUGCAAGCGUGUUACAUUCAGUGCGCGUUGUUGUACACCUCGGCGGAUGGUGAACGCCGGAUUCGAGUUCACACGAUGCAAGUGCCGGUGGUGAACGACAUGACGGACUUGUUUCGCGCGAUUGACUCGGGUGCCAUGGCGUGCUUUUUGACGCGUUUGAGCGCCGAGAGAACAAACUCGGCGAGAUUACAAGACGCCAGAGACGCGUUGACGCACAAACUCGUCGACGCGUUGAAAGAAUAUAAGCUUUUAGGCGGUGCUCGACACAACUUUGGAUUCAACUCUUUAGCGUUUCCGGAAUCCAUGAAACUUCUACCGCUCUUUGCGAUGUGCGCGACAAAGACGCUCGCACUGAAAGGUGCGCCGAGAGACGUUGCCGUGGAUAACCGAGUCGAGUGUUCGUUUGAUAUCAUGAGUUGCUCCGCGGAAGAUUGUUUGCGCAUGAUGUAUCCGGCGUGUUACGCCUUGCACGGUGGGAGCGAAGACGCCGGCAUUCCCGAAAACGAUUCUAUCGAGGCGUUGAUGAAGAUGAAAAUGCCCCCGAGGACUGCAUUGGCUGGCGAGCGAAUCGACGCUAGAGGUAUUUAUUUAAUCGAUGAUGGGCGAAAAUUACUCGUCUGGGUCGGUGGACAGUGCGAACAAAAGAUGAUUACGAGCAUUUUCGGCGAUCAAGGAUGCCCGGAUCCCUUCGUCGACGCGUAUUUGCCAACUAUUAGCGGGAAUAAAGUGAAUGAAAAAGUUAGAAACACGGUAAAAAGAAUACGAAGUAGGAACCAAGCGCGGUACCAAGCAUUGACGGUGAUAAGACAAGGCACGCCGCAAGAGGCGUUACUGUUCAAUCAUUUAGUAGAAGAUCGUGCGAGCGGUGGCGGUAUGGGAUACGGCGAUUUCCUCGCGCAGUUACAUCGAUUAGUUCAACAAGCCGCAAACGCGGGUAGAUAA